AUGCGUCUGUUCCUCUUGCUAAUCGUUGCUCUAUGGACAUCGCCUAGUUACGCCGAUGGCCGUUGGAAAUUGCUCUACGAUCAACCCGCUAAGGAAUGGGUCGAAGCCCUUCCGGUUGGGAAUGGGCGGAUGGGCGCCAUGGUCUUUGGCGGAGUCGCCGAGGAACGGCUGCAAGUCAACGAGAGUUCUGUUUGGACCGGCGGUCCGCAUAGCUACGCCCGCCCCGGCGCCGCUCAAUGUCUCGGAGAGAUCCGCAAGCUGCUGUUCGAGGGGAAACAGCGCGAGGCAGAGCAACUCGCCGAGCGUGAGUUCAUGUCCGUGCCACUGCGUCAGCAGUUCUACCAACCGAUGGCGGACCUUCGACUGAAGCUCGAAGGGAUCGACCCUGAGCAGGUGAAGAGCUACCACCGGAAUCUCGACUUAGAGACUGCAACCGCUACGACUACCUACACGGCAAACGAUGUCCGUUUCGAGCGACGGGUUUUUGCCAGCUUUCCGGACCAGGUCGUCGUCGUCACGCUCAAGGCCGACAAGGUCGGCGCCCUCGCCUUCACCGCGAGUCUGCCGACUCCUCACACUCGCAACGAAGCGGCCGUUAUUGACGAGACGACGAUCGAACGUCGCGCACUGGUGAACGACGCCAACAUCGGCGGCGCCGAUCGCGCCGAGGGGCGAGUACGGUUCGCCGCUCGUCUACGCGUUGUCGAGACAGACGGUGAGGUUGUGGUUUCCAACGAUUCAAUGCGUGUCAGUGGGGCGACGCAUGCGACGCUCUUGCUGGCGGCGGCGACUAACGUUGCUGACUUCCGCGAUCUCACGGCUGAUCCGUCGGCGCUCGCCGCCACCGAUCUCACCGCGGCUUCCGAGCGCUCGUCAGACGACUUGUAUCGCCGGCAUGUCGCCGACCACCGCGAACUGUUUGAUCGUGUCGACCUCCAAAUCGGCAGGACCUCUGAAGCCGCGCUCAAGCAGGCGACCGACGAACGGCUCAUUGCUUCGAAGACGACGGCUGAUCCGGAUCUCGCGGCGCUGGUGUUUCACUAUGGCCGCUACUUGAUGAUCGCAUCGAGUCGUCCUGGAGGGCAGCCGGCAAACUUGCAGGGCUUGUGGAAUCAAGACCUCUCUCCGGCGUGGGGGAGCAAGUACACGGUCAACAUCAACACCGAGAUGAACUACUGGCUCACCCAGCCGUGCAAUCUCGGCGAGUGUAACGGGCCGCUGUUCGCCGCGCUUUCCGAGUUGGCUGAGUCCGGCGCCGAAGUCGCCCGCGAACAUUACGCGGCCCCGGGGUGGGUGCUUCACCACAACUUCGACCGCUGGCGCGGCGCCGCGCCGAUCAACGCCAGCAACCACGGCAUCUGGCCCACCGGCGGCGCGUGGCUCUGUCAACACCUCUGGCUGCACUACCUCUACACGGGUGACGAGGCGUUUCUAAGUGAAACGGCCUAUCCGUUGAUGAAAGGUGCGGCCCAGUUUUUCGUGGCGUAUCUCGUCGAAGACCCGCGGAGUGAGGACAGGUGGUUGAUCAGUGGGCCGAGCAAUUCGCCAGAGCAGGGAGGCCUGGUCAUGGGGCCCGCGAUGGACCACCAGAUCAUCCGUGACCUCUUCGCGAAUACCAUCGCGGCGAGUGAAGUCCUGCAAGUCGAUGACGACUUGCGGAAGGAGCUUCUUGCUCUGCGAGCCCGUAUCGCUCCUAACCAGAUCGGCAAGCAUGGCCAGCUCCAAGAGUGGCUCGAGGACGUUGACGAUCCGGAAAAUGAUCACCGCCACGUCUCACAUCUGUGGGGGCUGCACCCUGGCGUUGAGAUUUCCCCCGAGACGCCUGAGCUGUUUUCGGCGGCGAAGCGAUCGCUCGAAAUGCGAGGGGAUGAGGGCACCGGCUGGUCGCGCGCCUGGAAAGUAAAUUUUUGGGCGCGACUCCGUGACGGCGAUCACGCUUACAAAGUGCUCGAUGGUUUGAUGACGCUAACCGGGUCGCCCAAGUCGAAGCACCGCGGCGGCGGCCUUUACGCAAACCUGUUCGACGCCCACCCGCCCUUUCAGAUCGAUGGCAACUUCGGGGCGACCUCUGGGGUCUGCGAGAUGCUCGUGCAGUCGCACCGCGUUACCGCUGAUGGCGAGCGACUGAUUGAACUGCUCCCGGCGCUGCCCAGUGCUUGGCCCGAGGGCAAAGUCAGCGGCCUCCGCACGCGCGACGGCUUCGAAGUGGCUAUCGAAUGGCUUGACGGCGUACUUUCCGAGUGCCACGUCAAGUCACUGCUCGGCAAGCCCGCGACGCUGGCUUAUGGCGACCUACAAGUGCAACUGCACCUGGGCAGUAACGAAUCGACAAGCCUUGACGCCGACCUCCUCGAAACGAACUGCGAACGAUGGGGCGUUUAUGAGGUCGAACUGAAAGGCCCGACGGCCGGUAACCCUUUUCUCGGCGUCAACCUAUCGGCAACGUUCGAGCAGGGUGAUCGUCGCAUCGACGUCACCGGAUUCUACGACGGGGACGGCGCCUAUCGCAUUCGGUUCUGCCCGCCUACGACCGGCGAGUGGUCGUACUCGACGGUGAGCAAUGCCGCUGAAUUGAAAGGCAAGGAAGGGACUUUCGAGGUCGGCGCGCCGUCCGAGGGCAACCACGGGCCAGUCGAGGUUGCGCACGUAGCCCACUUCGCCUACGCCGACAGCACGGCCUAUAAGCCGGUCGGCACCACCUGUUACGCCUGGACCUCGCAGACAGAAGAGCUUCAAGAGAAGACGCUCGAAACACUCGCCACGGCGCCGUUCAACAAGAUCCGCAUGUGCGUCUUUCCCAAGUGGUACUCGUGGAACGAAGUCGAUCCGCCACAGUACGCUUACGAGGGGACGGCGCCCAACCAGUGGGACUUCUCGCGCUUCAAUCCCGCCUUCUUCCGUAGCCUUGAGAAACGGAUCACGCAGCUUGGAGAGAUGGGAAUCGAAGUCGAUCUGAUUUUGUUGCACCCCUACGAUAAUGGCCGCUGGGGCUUCGACAACAUGCCUCCGGAGGCUUGCGAUUUCUAUCUGCGGUACAUCGUCGCGAGGCUCGGCGCCUAUCGCAAUGUGUGGUGGUCAAUGGCGAACGAGUGGGACUUCGACAAGAACAAGACUCGCGACGACUGGACGCGGAUGAUCGGCGUUGUGCAUGACGCCGACCCCUACGGCAAGCUGCUCGGAAUUCACAACGGCUGGGAGCUCUACGACCACAACCAUCCCUACUUGACGCACGCCAGCAUCCAGAAUGGCUCGGCCGCCGAGGAAGCGGGCCGCGCGGCGCUGUACCGCGACGUUUACCCUAAGCCAAUUCUGCUCGAUGAGGUCAAGUACGAGGGCGACAUCCCGCUGCGAUGGGGCAACCUCUCUGCGGAGGAGAUGGUGCAUCGCUUCUGGGAAGGGACGAUCGCCGGCUGCUACGUCACUCACGGCGAGUGCUAUUUAGCGGACGACGAUGUGCUCUGGUGGGCAAAGGGAGGCGUGCUCAAGGGCGAGAGCCCGCAGCGGAUCGCCUUCUUAAAGAAGGUGCUCGAUGGCUCACCCGCCGAGGGGAUUGAUCAGAUCGACAAGUGGCAGCACCCGAACAUCGCCGGACAGCCGGGAGAAUACUACUUGGUUUACCUGGGCGAACAGACGCCCGAUUCGUGGGAGUUCUGUCUCCCGAAGCACGACUUAGCAGAUGGCAUGCGGUUCAAAGUCGAGGUGCUUGAUACUUGGAACAUGACCGUCUCGCCGGUCGAAGGCGAGUUCGUUACCAAGCAGCACUCACAGUAUCUGUUCAAGGACGAGGCGGGCAAGUUGGUCGAUCUACCCGGCAAACCGUGGAUCGCCCUCCGGAUCACACGGGCGCAGGAGAACUGA